AAUUCGGUGUGUCCUCCGUCUCCGCAGGGACUUUCAGGGCCGCGGGGGACUGGGACACCCGGCUGCUUGGCACGGCACACAGAAAUGACUUGUGGAAUUAAUUUGGGGAUCCUGCUCAUUUGCUUUCUUCAAGCGGUGCAUGUCUGCUGUUCAUGGGCUUUACAGGACGGUGAGGGCUCCAGGAGAGAACACACCAACUCACCAGUUGGCCUCUCGCAUGUGCGUGUGCGUGGCAGAUUUGAAGGCAGCAGACCCCAGGAUGAAUUCAGACAGGCCUUUGUGGUCAAGAGCAGUUCUAUAGACAGUGGGUCUAACCAGGGACUGUACAACCAAUGGAACACCCACACUGCCUCACAGACCAAUCCACACAAGUACUACCACGGCCCCCAAACAAACCCCAAAAAGUACACUACGGACACCAUUUAUGGAAAAGUCCCACCUACACAUACCCUCAGCCGGUCUCCUUCCUUUGCUAGUGGAAGUUCUGUAAGCAAGCGUGACUCUUCUAACACUGGAGUUGUUAAGACAUUGUCUGGUCAGCAGGAAGGUCUGCAUACUAGCCAGUAUACAUACAGUAAACCAGAGGGCCAUAACUCUAAGCAGAGCCUCUUGUCCCAGUCAGGGUCCCACCAGCCUGCAGCCUGGAAACCCCACGAUGUGGCUAAUUACCAAAAGCCUGGUUUAGAUGUGAGCACUCAGCUAACGAAUCUGAAUGGGAAUGGUGGUUUAAUUCCACCGAAGGAAUAUGUCCGGGCAACAUCAGGUCUCUCGCGUGGUAGGAAAGUGUAUCCAAAUGGUGGCUCUAGAAAAAAAACAUACCCUCAGCCUCAAACCAAGCUUGUAGUGUCUCCACUCCAUGAACAAUACCAGCCUCCAAUCUCUCAGCAGUUUGGUCUCUACCAGUCUCGCCAGGGGUCUGCCUACAACCAGAGUCCUCAGCUAGUUUCACUCCAAACUGGUGUAAAGCUGGCCCCCGUGCACAUGAGUGGUUUGGAGCUACAGGGUGAGAGACUAGGCCCGGGCCAGCGCUUUGCCCCCACUAGAAUCCACUAUAUCCCGCGCAUGUUUGGGGGUCAUAACAUUAAACGGUUGGGGGAUGAGCAGCCUUUGAAGCAGACUACAACACACAGGCCAUUGCAGACCACUACCACACAAAGAUCAAAGGAGCCCUUGACUUAUCCAGCCAAAAUGUACACUUUCCCUCCUCGCCACACGGAAUCCUUCAGGCCACGGCAGCCAGGUCUUCUCCUGAAGAGCAAGUGGAUGAGGAUACGAUCCAAUCAGCUAACGGGUGGAGCUGGAGUUGUUGGAAGAUCGUUUUGAAAGUGUGUACCAUUAGUGCUUCUAAGUGGACUUUCUGCCAUCUGAUUGUAGUAAAGUUACUCUUCUCACCUGGACCAUAUGAGGAUUAUUUUUAGAAAACUAAUAACCCUAUAAUAGGCUGUUUACACAUUGAGAUGAAGAUGCUUAAACAAAAUGUUAAUAAUCUGAAAACUACAUUCACAAUUGUUCCAUCAAGGUGUCAUUUUUAAAUAAACAUGCUGCGCCUAAAAAAACCAAA